CACAGGCUUCCCACCCAGCCGCUGUCUGGGCAGGCUCCCAACCUGGGCCUCAUCCACCACCAGCUUCUCUGGGAUCAUAGGCCUUUCCAGCCUCAGCUUCUUUGGGUCCUCUCUGUACCUGCAGCCCUUUACUGAACCUCAGGCCUCCUUCAGGGCCCUGGGCCUCUUCUGAAACCUCAGCUCCUCACUAACAGCCUCGACAGCUUCUGUUCUUCCUCUCAGGCCUCCCUUGCCUCACCAGCUCUUGGCCUGGCUGGGCCUGCUAGGCCAUUCCCCACUUUGUUCUGUUGCUCAUCCCACAAAUGGAGAGCCCAGGACUGGUUGUGCAUGGGCAAAGUAUACCCUUUUCCACAGCACUCCGGAACCUUGUGAACAAUCCCCGGUACAGCGAUGUUUGCUUUGUGGUUGGUCAAGAACGGCAAGAGGUGUUUGCCCACCGGUGUUUGUUGGCCUGUAGAUGCAACUUCUUCCAGAGACUCUUGGGCACAGAGCCGGGCCUUGGGGAACCUAGUCCUGUGGUGCUAAGCACUGUGCCAGCCGAAGCCUUCUUAGCUGUGCUGGAGUUCCUGUAUACCAACAGUGUCAAGCUGCACCGCUACUCUGUGCUGGAGGUGCUGACAGCCGCUGUGGAAUAUGGACUAGAGGAACUUCGGGAGUUAUGCCUGGAGUUUGUGGUAAAGGUGCUGGAUGUGGAGUUGGUUUGUGAGGCCCUACAGGUUGCUGUAACCUUUGGCCUGGGGCUGCUGCAGGAGCGGUGCAUAGCCUUCAUAGAGGCUCACAGCCAGGAGGCGCUCCGCACACGUGGCUUCCUGGAGUUGUCCUCCGCUGCGCUGCUGCCCGUGUUACGCAGUGACAAGCUCUGCGUGGAUGAGGCCGAACUGGUCAAGGCAGCCCGAAGCUGGGCGCGCGUGGGCGCCGCGGUGUUGGAGCGACCGGUGGCCGAGGUGGCAGCUCCAGUGGUUCGAGAGCUGAGACUACCCUUGCUGGCUCCGGCAGAGCUGAGCGCUCUGGAAGAGCAGAACCGACGGGAGCCGUUCAUCCCGGUGCGGACGCCACGUGGGGAUGAGGAGCCCGGGCCCUUGCCAGGGACUUCAGACUGCCUGGUGACCAGCUUUCUUCUACAGGUGGAGCAAAUUGUGGAGGCGUGGAAGUGCCACGCCCUACGGAGAGGAGAUGCAGCCCGGGGCGCACCGUGCCGACGGCGAAGGGGAACCCUGCCUCGGGAUCACCACCGUUUUCUGGACCUUCAUUUCAGAUGACCUACUUCUGCAACUUAGGAGGCAUUUGAUCUCACCCCAAACUACAGCUCCCGAGGUGCUCUGCGUUCGAGUCGGGCUUCCGCUCCCGGCAAACCUAGCGAGCCAGAUGCUGGAAGGAUCGUUCCCGGUCUGGAGCAAAACCUAAAGCCUCCGCGUAGAAGUAGGGGCGGGGUAGUGGACCCGAAAUUGGGGCUGUACCGUGAGCUCGGGCGACGCCCCGAGGCCGGAAGUGAGGUGUCCUUUGUUCUGUGUGCUCACACAGCAUCCUGCUGCCGGUCACGCCUCCGUGCCCCACUGUUCUGAUGACUCUGUUAUCUAUUUAGCUUAUCCUCUUUAACAACAAAUCAGCUUCCUGGCUCCAGGAUCAGUGUGUUUUCGACCUUCUCAUACCGGGAUCUCAUUCUUGCCUACCUUAUGCCCUGUCUCCAUUCUAAUAAUACUUUCGAGUUGGUUUAGUGUGCA